AUGACUGCAGCAUUUGAGAAAGGUCGCAACAACUCGGUGCACGCGGGUUCCAAUGGCCACAACAACGUGUCCUUGGCCGACUCAUUUGCCUCUCAACAGGAUAACUCGAUGCUACCAAAUCAAGCUGCAGACAGUUCGGUAUCUCGGUUGCUGGUCUCCCGAUAUCCGUCCGAUGUCCACCCUGGCAUGCCGAAGGAUAACUCAUUGGCCAAUCGCGUCUCUCGCAAUGGGCCAUCGGAGCUUCUAGGGCUUCUUGCUCCAUCUCGGACAAAUCAAAAUCGCGACUCAGCGAUUGCAGUGCUUACAGAGUCCCACGGACUACCAGGCCAAAGCAGAUUCAGCUCUGCCAAUGCCAAGUCCCAAGGAUCGGAGGCAAAACAAGAAAUGGAUGGGGAUAAAACCCCAAAACAACAGUCUUUCAGAGUGAUUGCGAACAAGGCUGGCGUUGCAGAACACACCAGUACCUCGGCUGAUAAGCCGCUUUACUCCAAUUUCAGCCAAGAAGUCAUUAGCCGAGGGGUUGCUGACCUCAUUGCGGAGGUUGCGAGUCAAACUGGGUAUUCUUCAUAUGACUCGACUGAGCGUAGUCCGUCUGUGAAGUCCGCGGCGGUGCCCGAUCAGCGGCUCUCGAAGAAAAGGACUCGUGCCAGUUCCGAUGCACCAUCACAGAAAGCCCAUGACGAUGAUCUGGAUUCGCAACGCCCAUCCAGUCCAGCACUGACAAUACCCUCUAAAAGACAGCGCACUGAUACUGGAGAAAUGAUGCCAACGAAUGCGACCGGGGCUGGAAUAGGGGACAACGAUCAGGUCCCGCCGCCACCCGCGAAGAUGCCAAUGAAUGCGGCCGGAGCUCGAAAAGGGGACAAUGAUCACGUACCGCCAUCCGCGAAGAUGCCAACGAAUGCGACCGGGGCUGGGAAAGGGGACAACGAUCACGUACCGUCAUCCGCGAAGAUGCCAACGAAUGCGACCGGGGCUGGGAAAGGGGACAACGAUCAGGUAUCGCCAUCCGCGAAGAUGCCAAUGAAUGCGGCCGGAGCUCGAAAAGGGGACAAUGAUCACGUACCGCCAUCCGCGAAGAUGCCAACGAAUGCGACCGGGCCUGGGAAAGGGGACAACGAUCACGUACCGUCAUCCGCGAAGAUGCCAACGAAUGCGACCGGGGCUGGGAAAGGGGACAACGAUCAGGUAUCGCCAUCCGCGAAGAUGCCAAUGAAUGCGACCGGAGCUGGGAAAGGGGACAACGAUCACGUACCGUCAUCCGCGAAGAUGCCAACGAAUGCGACCGGGGCUGGGAAAGGGGACAACGAUCAGGUAUCGCCAUCCGCGAAGAUGCCAAUGAAUGCGGCCGGAGCUCGAAAAGGGGACAAUGAUCACGUACCGCCAUCCGCGAAGAUGCCAACGAAUGCGACCGGGCCUGGGAAAGGGGACAACGAUCACGUACCGUCAUCCGCGAAGAUGCCAACGAAUGCGACCGGGGCUGGGAAAGGGGACAACGAUCAGGUAUCGCCAUCCGCGAAGAUGCCAAUGAAUGCGACCGGAGCUGGGAAAGGGGACAACGAUCAGGUAUCGCCAUCCGCGAAGAUGCCAAUGAAUGCGACCGAAGCUGGAAAAGGGGACAACGAUCACGUACCGCCAUCCGCGAAGAUGCCAACGAAUGCGACCGGGGCUGGGAAAGGGGACAACGAUCAGGUACCGUCAUCCGCGAAGAUGCCAACGAAUGUGACCGGAGCUGGGAAAGGGGACAACGAUCAGGUAUCGCCAUCCGUGGAACCACAUGUUGCAUCCACUACAGCUGACCUUUUUCGUGUCUCUGCGACAGAUCCGUGGGAGGGAAUGAUAAAAAACUUGUGUGAGAACACAAUCCCGAAAGACCAGGCCGCCCUCUUGGACCAGCUCGUUUGGGUCCCGCAAAGCCCCGGUGUAUCUGGACCGCUAUGCAAUGUACCGCCUUAUCUUUUAACGAAAUGGAAUGAUGUUUCGCAACGAAGAAAACUUUUGGCAGAAAGGCAGGAGAGACUGUCUGAACAUCCUCCCACCCCGACGCCUCAAGAUACUCAGUCUGACGCUGAGUCCGAAGUUCCUGAGUCCGACUGGCCUAAGUCCGACGCUGGGUCUCCCGCUGGGUCUCCCGCUCGAGAUACUCUUCCACGAGACACCGUUACUCCCCCGAGACAGACAAGCGCGACCACUAAAAACCCCACAAUAAGCGGUACUCGGCAUUGUGUCAGCCAAGCUACGGCAGGGGAUGAGGUAGACAUAGCGAAUCAGUGUGCUUCUUCCGCCCCCAAAGAUGUUCCAAUACCGACAGAGCAACAAAUUCAUCGGCCGCCUGGAAGGAUGAGAGAGAACCCCAAGUCGCCAGAGUCAUUGGUCCACAAUCCUGAUGACGAAGGGGCCCAGGAGCAGACGUCGCUCAAUUUAUCUAGCAAUCAACCACCAGUUCCAAUACAAAAGAGGUAUCCCGAGAAUCAAUCCAUCACAGGCCCUUUGGUCGGCCAUGUAUUUCGUGACGAAUCGAGCGAUGAUGAGAGUGAUGAUACCGAGAUGGAAACGUCUGUCCCCUGCGCUCUUGGUGGGAACGUACCGAUAAGCAGUCAAAAUGCCGGUGAUCUUACGAACUCAGGCCCAUCACUCCCAGAUUUUACAAAUAUUAUCCAGGUAAUGGAGACACCUGUCGUCAAUAUCAACCGUCUGAGUCCCGAGCGAGAUGUUGAGACAUCUGCUGCCAAUGACAAGUUUGUGGAUUCUGAGAGGCAAAACAAGCAAUCAACUGCGUUACAGCUUUCGAACUCUCAGCAGCCGUCCUCUGAGGCUGUCAAAACGUCAUCUCUAUCUGAAGUCCCUAAUACAUACCGCUCAGAAGAUAACCAAGGGCAGAGUCAUAUAUCCCAACAGGCUCCGAAUCCUUCUAUGCAUAUUUCGCAGGAUGAGUCGCCUCGAUUGGAUGUCCUAGGCACUCAAACUCAGUCAAGCAGCAUGUAUCCACUACCGCAGAUGCCAACGCAGUCAUCCUCAGACGUCGUACUCGAUUCAUCAAGACCAGCUCAGCGCCAACGAGGCUCAUCUAUUUUUCACUUGGAUCCCUCCGAUGAUCUUUCGUCCUUCCCCUAUACUAAUGUUCACUCGCUGCCUGCGUCUCAGGUUCAUGGCCAGAGCCAAGGUUCUUCGAAGGCCAUAUCUUCUCUUAAUGGAUUAUCGCAAGUGUUGGACUCAUCCCCGAGAGAGUUUCCAGCCUGUGUUGCUAUCCAUGCAGAGCCGCUGCCCAAGGAUCCUCCUAUCUCUUCCGGUCUGGAAGAUACCGAGACCCGUCAAGAGCCACCUCACAGUCCAACUUCUGAGUUGGUAGCGCGGCGGCAGGGUUUCCUCGGCAAACUCGACCAGUCUGCCGAAGCACAGACUAUCUAUGAGAAGUUCCGCAACGGCUAUUCGUCAUACACUGGCGAUUUCGCUCAUUUCACUGAAAUGUGUUCGAGAUUGCAGGCAAUGAGGAAGGCGGGAAUGCUGCAACGAUCGUUUCUGUGGGAUGAUUUUGUCAUUCAACAUCUUCUGGAAUAUCCGCGCCAUCUCGCAGAGCUUGAAUCCCAAAAAUUGAAGACAUUGCGCUACGAAGACUUCUUCUGGACUAAUUUCUCACGCCCUCAGCACAAGAAGAGAAGCCUGACAGCCCGUGGACUUGACGUGAUUGUGUCCCAGUCUGUCUCGCCGGUCACUCCCCGACCUGCAAGCCUGUCGGUCCGCGAACCAAAGGCCAGCCGGAGACCGGUAUUGCAGAAUAAUGCAGCGCAAGGUGAAGGGUCAAACCCUCCCUUCACAGGAAGUCUCGUUGAAAAUUUCUCAAAUCUCCAUGCUCGGUCCUUUGGCGAUGUGCCUGUUCCAGAUGUACAUAUGCCCACUGCGACGCAGAUACUCCCACCCUCCUCGACUACCACCAGCGCCGGUGCAGCGCGAAUCAAAGAAGAAGUGAACGAUAGUCCUAACAUCCUCAUGGACUCCCUGUUCAGUUCGAAUCAUCUCGAUCAAAAAGAUAAAGAUAUGGUCGACGCAACGCAACCUGGCUCACAUGACAUUUGCAAUACCCCUGAUGCUCGGGACAUUGUCGUGAAGGAAGAGAUCGACGAGACCCAAGAUAGACGCGAGACAAACGACUGGAACGAUACACAGGAUUCAGACGAUGCACAGGAUGCAGAGGAUGCAGAUCAUUCAUACCAUGAAGCUGCCAGCGUCGAACUCGGCGAUGAAACUGAUUAUCGCCGAAUAUCUCCAUCGCCUGAUGCUGGCCCCCCUCCUGCCCCGUCCGCAAUUCUACCUGCCCUGCAUGACAGCGAGUCCGAACUCGAGCCACCAAGGCAGCGCAGCAAUUGGUUCCGGUCUCUCGCGAACAUAUUCCCCACCGGUCCUGUCUGGUCCGAUGACCCCAACACUCCAUUCAAGACCUGGGCACGCCAGGACCAAAAUCUCCUCCUGGAGAUCAAUCGCCGUGGCGGGACUAGGGUUCAAGUUGACGCGAAAGGUGUUAUUUGUCGUCCGACCUAUAACCUGACGAAGAACCCUGACUACCAAUGA